CUCCCUCUCCCACUCCCCCUGCUUGUGUUCCUGCUCUGGCUGUCUCUGUCUCAAAUAAAUAAAUAAAAUCUUUAAAAAAUAAUAAUAGAUCCCUUUCUUUCUGAAAGUUCAGUGCUUGCUUCAGAUCUAGUUUAGCUGACGUUCCUUACUUACUCUUACUAGGAAAAAACUUUACUAACCUUUUAACUAUUUUUCUACCAGUAGCUAAUAAUGAUUGUACUUAAUAGAAUAUUCUCUCCAUCACCCACAUUUUAACCUUAAUGCUUCUUGACAUGUCUCUUCCCCAAAUAUUCAGUCACCAAAUACUGUUGAUUAUUCCUUAAUGUCAUAUGUUUCUUGCUAUUAUUUCCACUGUCAUCACUCUAAUCCUUAACCCGCCCUCAACCCCAAGCCUUGAUUACUGAGGUGGCGUCUUAAUUCAUCUCUCAGCCUCUAAUUUGCCCCCUUGCUGACCCAGCCAUCACCAGAUGACUUUUCCUAAAAUGCAACUUGGAUUGUGUUUCUCUUCAGUGACCUUCAUGGAUCCUAAAUCCAAACCAAUUAACUUACCCUGUCUAGUAUAGUUCUGGAACAUAGUAUGAGGUCAGUCAGUCAUCCCCUGCCACCUACCUCGCCAGCCAUACCUCAUCAGUUCUUGUCUGUGGCUGUUGGUCAUGCAAAGCCCUACCUUUCUUCAAGGCCCACCCUAAGUCCCUCAGAAGACUCCCUAGUUACAGCCCAUGGAAACUGAACGCCGGCAGUAUAUACUGAGUAUCCACUUAACACUGAGCAUGUUCUCCCUGUUCUGCUUUUACCUCCUUAGGUACUUGGUUUGUCUCAGAUUGGGUGGCCUUCUCCUUGUGUUCGUCUGCCCCAGUAAGGUACCCAUGGCAGGUGAUUGGAGUGCACAGCCUGCGGGCCUCUUGUACAACAACAGUCUUCACUGCCUUGGCUUUUCAUGACCUGAAAACAUCAUUGUGUAAAGUGUUAGCAGCCACUUCAUUUGCAAAUCGGUACAGUUGGGAGGGAAGAGUGGAUGGGAGUAGAUAAAACAGUCUGACUACAGAUCUCUAAAUCAGCCAAAUUUUUUAUUUAAUUAUAGUCCUUUCCUUUCUGGUCCCUGGUAUAGUGUUCACCACCGCUAAUAUUCUCUGUGCAUACCAGUCCUUCCAAGUGUUCCCCAAAUAAAAAUUAUUUGGGCUUGUUCUUAAUUAGUCAAAGACAUCACAGCUCAUAAAAAUAGAAAAAUAUAAACCAUGGUUUGUUGAGAUGAAAAAAUAUGAAUUUUUCUAAGAUUUUGGGUAAAAGAAUUGUGCCUCCAUAUUUUGCUGGCCCAUUAGCUCACAACUGUCAACACAGGUUCUCCACCCCCUGCAUCAAAGGCCCCCUCUUCUUUCUGAGUCCCCAGAGACUAUCUUUAAUGUGUUCCAUCCCAUAGCAUCUGCUACUGUUCCUCAGUUCCCUGGCAAGCAAUCUCCAUGUUGUGGGGGGGCACCCUGAAUCCUUGGGGAGCCAGAGCUGUGUCUUUGGCAGAGUGGAGAAGAGCUCUUUGUAUUUCAUAUAAUGGAAUAGAGUCGGGGUGGGGGGGAAUGGUCCCAGAACAGUGUUGUUUAGGUCCCAACAUCUCAUAGAAGUCUUAGUGAAACUAGUUCUUGUUUCUAGAAGGAAACUCAAAGGCACUCUUCCUCUCCUCAGUAUGAGUCCAGAAUAGGGACCAAACUCUCCUCAGUGCUUCUGCUCCUCUAUACGACUUGUUUCUAGGUUAAAUUACUGGUCGUCAUUGUCUCAUUGCGCUGAUACACCCAGGGAUGUCCAUACCUCAGAAAUGGCAGGAUCCAGGCUCAAGCCAAAUCAAGAGUUCCCCAUUACAUAUAGAUCUCUAUGUGUGUAAUGACUAUGGCCAAAGCUAUGUCCAUGCUAAGGCCAAGCAAAUGAGUCAGACAUAGAAGCCUCUGGAGCCCAGAGACAGCAAGUUCACCGAUGAGUCACAGGGGAAUGACUCCCUAGAGAUAGGGAAAGGACCUCAAUUGCAAAAUUGCUCACCCAAGCUCUUAGGUUGUAGCUGUCUGACACCUUAUCAGUGUCACCUGGAGUUUUGCUAGAGAAAUAACUUCAUGAACACAAAUCUUGCCAGUACCUUCUGGUUGCUCCUGAAGUGUGACAAAAUGAGCCUUUUCAUCCUCGUGGUCAAGAGGGUGAGACUUACUAAGGAUGCUUCUAUUUAUUUCAUCCUCUUCGGACAGGCCAUAGCCCCUCUGCCAGGGCCACCUGCUAGUCUGUUUGUGUGAAUCAGAAAGAGGUGCCCCCUCCUGAUGGAUCCAGCUCAGAAUGGAAAAACAGCUUCCACACAUGUCCCGCUCCGAUUCUCCAGAGCAGACUUCAGAGCCAUCAUGACCUACCUUUUACAUAUGGAUAAACUGAAACUCAGAGAAAGGAGAACGAACCUGCCCAAGGCCACACAGUGGACCAGUGAUAACGAAAGAAUAGAGCUCGGAUCUCUUGAAGUCCAGCCCGUGGAAUUGCCACGGAUCAUCUCAGGGUGUGAUAAGCAGCAGCGUCCUGGCCUGUUCCAAGAAGCCGGGCCUCCCUUCCCCACAGAGCAGAGCAGGCUCGAGAACUGACAGAUUCAGACGCAGGGACACCUUCUCUCGCACUCAGUGUUUUUAUUACAUUUGUCCUCUACCCAAGGCAGGGAGGCUCUCAUUCCCGGGUACUUGUGAGAGGGCGAGGACAAAAAAUAAGGGCACAAAGAGAAGCAGAGAAGUCAGGAUUUCAGCAAUCCACUCCCCACAUCCCCAGCACACAUGGAGAGCUGCACUUCUGGUCUACCUAGAAGGGUGCUUCUCAGACUGUGCUGGGCACCAGAAGCAGAAGCAUACAUUGCUGGCCCUACCUCCAGAGCUUUGAUUUAGCGGGUCAGAGGUGGGCCUGAGAAUGUGCAUAUCUAACACGUUCCCAUGCUGUGGGGUCCGGGGACACACUCUGAGACCCCAAGGCCUAGAAAAAUAGACAACCCACCCUUUUCUCCCUCACCUUCUUCAUUCUCUCUCCUUUCAUGUCCCUCUCUGUCCUUUUCUGUUUCUUCCUCCUCCCUCUUUUUGGUCUUCUUCCCAUCUUUCAAAACAUGAUGGAAUGAGCCAAGCUGCCAGGGGUCCCAGUUCUAGUUCCAGCUCUGUCACUGACUAAAUGUGUGAACAUAGGGUGAAGUCACUUCCCCAGCAUAGGCCCAAGGAGAGGCACCCCCACUCCCACCCUCCCAGCUCCUCCCCAGCCAGGACCACAUCUACCCGGGCUCAUCCCUGUAUCCCCACUUUGUGCAGUAUGUACUUGCAGAGAGGCUGAUGAAUGAAUUUGCGGGGCCUUUCAGCCUCCUUGCAGUUCAGGGGAUUCUGACUUCUUCCUUCCAAAUCUGAGCUUUUCCCUCUUCAACGGCACAUAUUGAGGAUCUUUCUAGAACAAGGAGAGGGCCAAUAGUUGAGGGGAGAGAGCCCUAGAACAGCCUGUGAGCUGGGGUAAUCAGACCCCAGACAACAGGUACCUGACAUUCAGGGACAGAUAAGUGGGUGUGCCCAGAGGCUAGGAGCACCUGGGACCCUGAGAGCCGGCGGCGGCCGAGGUUCCAGCAGGGGGCGCCAGAGAGAGGGCCAAGACCAGCGUGGUCAGCCCAGGUGUCCAGCCUGGGCUGGGCGGCGGGGCCCCAGGGGCGUGGACGCCGCCGAGGCACGCCCCGGGCGCACUUAAGGAGCUGCAGGCCAGUGCCGGGGAGGAAGGACGGGGGAGGCCUCGGCUGCUGCUGACCCAGGCGGACCCAGCCUGGCCCCCGCUAGCUCUAGACCGCGCCAUGAGGGGCCCGAACGUGGCUCUGUGGCUCUUCCUCGCUCUGCGCACAGGUGAGGCCCGGCCGCCUGGCCUUGGGAGCAGGAGCUGGGGCGGGGGCCCUGCAGUUGUCUCAGCCCCCGAGCAAGGUCCCAGGCCGCUGGGAAGUGUGUCCUGAAUCCGUAUCUCCCUGGAAAGGGGGGAGGCCUGGAAAGGCGGAAAGCACCGCUCAGUGCGACGGGGGCGGGGGGGGACGACACUGACCCCAGCUAACUGGGACGUCCGGAGGGCUUCUUGGAGGAAACAGCAUUGAACUGGGCCUUGGAAAAGCCGGCCUUCUGACCAGCCAAGGAGAGGAGCAGUCGGAGGCGUGGAGGGGAGAGCCUUAGGGGGGCAGGAGGAGAGCUGGGAGGGUGAACGCUCUUGAUAGGCGCGGAAGCUCCAGGAGGGUUUGGGGGCCAGAGCGCCUCUGCUUCUCCUGAGCCCCCGCGGGAGAAGAUUCUAAGGGACUGGGAGGGGCGCGAGAUGCGACCGGGAGCCGGCCCCAGGGCGCACUGCAAAGGAGGAGGAAGGGGCGCUGCCCUGUCUCCCCGUGUCUGCACCGCCGCCCCCAAGGGAGCCCGGGCCCAGCACACUGAGGGGUGAGGCGGGGCCUGGGGGAGCUGCGGGCAGGGUCCCGCGGACAAGGGUGGCCUCGCCGCUCUGACCUCACUAAUACACUGGACCCGCCACCCCGGCCCCAACUCUGCACCUGCCAGGCCUACCAAGGUGCAGGCCUGGGGCUCUGGAGAGCAGGCAGUCUGGGGCGGCAGUUUCACAUUCCAGGGUGCUGCCCGGAGUUGGGUGGCAAAAGGAAGGCUGUGGAGGAACCUGCAGUCUUGACCCUUGGUGUGGGGAUGGGAAGGACAGGCUGCCACAAGAGGAUGACCUAGUCGCUGGGGGCCAGGAACUGGACCCAAAGCUGGGCGGCAGGAGUGGGGGAUGGAGGAACUUCGGGUCUGCAAAGGCAUCAACCACAAGGAAGUCUGGCACCACUUCUGCUGGGCCCCCAGGCUGGGAGCUCUCCAGGACUCUGACCUGGUCAGGUGCGGGGACCCAGUAGGGUCCCCACCAGGAGAAGGGGCCUAAGCAAAAGGCCACCAAGGCCCCGUGCAUCCUGGCUCUCUACCUAGGUUUACUUCAGCACAGAAGGUGGAUUUUCUCAUCUGUGCUCUCAGAUGACAAAGCAAGCUCAGAGAGGUCAAAUAAGUUGCCUGAAGUCACCAGCUCCUUCUCCAGGAGCAGAAACUUGAACUCAACCUGCUGAUUCCUCAGCUUCCCCUUGGCAGGGGUGGGUGACCCUGAGGGUGGGUUUGCAGUGAGCAUCAUCACAGAUGCUCCAAGGGGGUGCAAGACUCCUCAAGGGCAGCCACGACUUCCCAGUUCAUGAGGAGGGCUCAGGGACCCUGAGUGAGAGAACCUAUCAUCCUCUGGCUGGAGGACACAGAGGCCCAAAGACGGACAGGGACUGGCCUAGUCCCAGAACCAGACAGGACUCCCCAGCCAGUGCUCUUUCCACCCGGCAGGCUGCUCUCCAGGCCAGUGAGCAAGGUUGGGGCUAGCUGAGCGCUCCCCUAGGAGACCCCCCUGCUCCCCGGCCUUGGCCUCUGUAAAGGGCCAGGCUCUGAGCUGCCCCAUCUGCCCCAAGUGCGGCGAUAUGCAUGGCCCCACACACAGCUUUGCCAGUGAGCCCAGCUCCUUUCCGGUCUGUGACCCGUCUCUUUGCCUCAGUCCCUCCCAGUGGGUGGGACCGACUAUGCAUGUUGUUGGGGUCACACAACCCUGGGGGGGGGAUCGGAGCGGGGGGCAGGGGCUGGGGAGGCUAGGGGCGCUGGGCCUCACUGUCCCCGCCCCCAGCGCUCAGCAGGAUGGAGGUGCGGUGGUGCACCACCUCAGACCCAGAGCAGCAGAAAUGCAGUGACAUGAGCAGAGCCUUCCAGGAAGCCGGUAUCCAGCCGCCCAUCCUGUGUAUCCAGGGCACCUCCACUGACCACUGCAUCCAGCUCAUCGAGGCCCGGGAGGCUGAUGCCAUCACCCUGGAUGGAGGAGCCAUUUAUGAGGCAGGGAAGGAGCACGGCCUGAAUCCCGUGGUGGGCGAAGUAUAUGAUCAAGAGGUCGGUACCUCCUAUUAUGCUGUCGCCGUGGUCAAGAGGGGCUCCCACGUGACCAUCAACACCCUGAAGGGUGUGAAGUCCUGUCACACGGGCAUCAACAGGACGGUGGGCUGGAACGUGCCGGUGGGCUACCUGGUGGAGAGCGGCCGUCUGUCCGUGAUGGGCUGCGACGUGCUCAAGGCUGUCAGCGACUAUUUCGGGGGCAGCUGCGUCCCCGGGGCAGGAGAGACCGGCUACUCCGAGUCCCUCUGUCGCCUGUGCAGGGGCGAUGCUGCUGGGGAGGGCGUGUGUGACAAGAGUCCCCUGGAGAGAUACUACGACUACAGCGGGGCCUUCCGGUGCCUGGCAGAAGGGGCAGGGGCCGUAGCCUUUGUGAAGCACAGCACGGUGCUGGAGAACACGGACGGGAAAACUCUCCCCUCCUGGGGCCAGGCACUGCUGUCCCAGGACUUUGAGUUGUUAUGCCGGGAUGGCAGCCGGGCCGAUGUCACCGAAUGGAGGCGAUGCCACCUGGCCCGCGUGCCUGCUCACGCCGUGGUGGUCCGGGCCGACACUGACGGGGGCCUCAUGUUCCGGCUGCUCAACGAAGGCCAGCGUCUCUUCAGCCACGAGAGCAGCAGUUUCCAGAUGUUCAGCUCUGAGGCCUACGGCCAGAAGAACCUGCUCUUCAAAGACUCCACCUCCGAGCUGGUGCCCAUCGCCACGCAGACCUAUGAGGCCUGGCUGGGCCGCGAGUACCUGCAUGCCAUGAAGGGUCUGCUCUGUGAUCCCAACCGGCUACCUCACUACCUACGCUGGUGUGUGCUGUCCACUCCCGAGAUCCAGAAGUGUGGAGACAUGGCUGUGGCCUUCAGCCGGCAGAGGCUCAAGCCAGAGAUCCAGUGCGUGUCGGCUGAGUCUCCCCAGCACUGCAUGGAAUGGAUCCAGGCUGGGCAAAUCGAUGCCGUGACCCUGAAGGGCGAAGACAUCUACAUGGCAGGAAAGAAAUACGGCCUGGUCCCAGCAGCGGGGGAGCACUAUGCCCCGGAGGACAAUAGCAACGCCUACUUUGUGGUGGCCGUCGUGAAGCGGAACAGCUCCUACGCCUUCACCCUGGACGAGCUUCGGGGCAAGCGCUCCUGCCACUCAGGGUUCCGCAGCCCCGCGGGCUGGGACAUCCCCGUGGGCGCCCUGGUGCAGAGGGGCUUCAUCCGGCCCAAGGACUGCGACGUCCUCACAGCCGUGAGCGAGUUCUUCAGCGCCAGCUGCGUGCCCGUGAACAAUGCCAAGAACUACCCAUCCUCGCUGUGCGCACUCUGUGUGGGGGACGAGCGGGGCCGAAACAAGUGUGUGGGCAACAGUCAGGAGAGGUUCUACGGCUACAGUGGCGCCUUCAGGUGCCUGGCUGAGAAUGCAGGGGACGUCGCCUUCGUCAAACACACGACUGUCUUUGAAAACACAAAUGGCCAUAAUUCUGAGCCCUGGGCUGCUGAGCUAAGGUCAGAGGACUAUGAGCUGCUGUGUCCCAAUGGGGCCCGGGCCGAGGUGUCCCAGUUCGCAGCCUGCAAUCUGGCACAGAUGCCAUCCCAUGCCGUCAUGGUCCGGCCGGACACCAACAUCUUCACCGUGUAUGGACUGCUGGACAAGGCCCAGGCCCUGUUUGGAGAUGACUACAAUAAGAAUGGCUUCAAAAUGUUCGACUCCUCCAACUAUCAUGGCCAAGACCUGCUCUUCAAGGAUGCCACCAUCCGGGCGGUGCCUGUCGGGGAGAAAACCACGUACCGGGCGUGGCUGGGCCCCGACUACGUGGCCGCUCUGGAAGGGAUGCUGUCUCAGCAGUGCUCGGGCGCAGGUAGGCCCUGCUGGCGGGCAGGUUCACCCCUCCAGACGGAGAGCAGGGGUCCCGCCACGUCCCCCGCCCCCCGCCCGGCAUCCCUCCCAGCCUCGCACCCCCAAUCCUCCAGCGAACUGAGGGAUGCUCCGGGCGGUUGCAGACCAUCAGGGUGAGGUGGGGGUGGGAGGGUGGUCCCCACGGGAAGGCUGCAGACCUGGCUGUGUAACCCAGACCGACCAGGAUAAAGGGUGCGAAUGGUGCAAGUAAUGGCCCAGGGAGGACUGAGGCAGCCACAUACAUAGACGGGAAGGCCCAUUUGGAAAGGAAUGAGUAUGGAAAGAAACCCGGGGAAAGACGAACUGUAAUGGGGCAGAAAGAGGGGGCCUGCGGGGUCGAGCGCACAGAACCCCCCCCCCCCGCCCGGGCCACGGCCGGAGCGCCAGGUGCGGGCGGCCGCUCGGGGCCCUCACUGCCCGCGUCGCUCCCUCAGCGGCCCCCGGGCUGUCCCUGCUGCUGCCGCCGGCGCUGCUGCUGGGCCUCCGGGCCGGCCUCCUGCAGCCCGUCCUCUGAAGCCGCCGGGCGGGCGCGGCCCUCGCCGCCGGGGAACCUGCUCGGAAACCUCGGUGAAGAGGCUCUUCCCCUGGGCGCCGCGUGUGACGCGAGAGGACGCGUGAGAAACCCCGGAGCUCCUGAGAGCUGCGAUUCUGACACCGAAGACGAGUUGCUGCGACCGCCUCGAACCGGAAUAGAGACGAACGUGAAGGGAAAGGGCCCCCAGCUCGAGUGGAGUUGGACGUGAGCGGGCUCCCGCCCGAAGCCUGCCUCUGCCUCCCCGGCACCAGCUGUCCCUCAGGCACCUGAGGCGGCCGCUGGCCGGCCUCCCAGUCACGCCCCCACCCACCGGCUGGCAGCGCCCCCCCCGCCGCCCGCGGGGCCCCGGAUUGGAAACGGCCCGUUCCCAAGGCAACAUGCUGCGCGCGGCUUCCCACACGGCGCUCUCCGCGGAGCCGGCCCUGGCCCUGCCCAGCUAGCCGGGGAGGGGGGGCUCCUCCCCUGCGGGUCCCCCUAAUGCACAGCCCCCCACUUCCUGCCAGCCCCGGCUCUAGACUCCCUCUACCGGCCUCCCUCCUGAGGA